AUGGCCUCCAACGGCGGUGGCGGCGGGGGGCUCCGCCACAGCAACAGCAGCCGCCUGUCACGGAUGUCCUACUCCGGCGGCGGGGGCGACGACGCCCGCGUGCAGGCGGCCGUCCCCGGCGACCGUCCCAUGGUCACCUUCGCCCGCCGCACGCACUCGGGCCGCUACGUGAGCUACUCCCGCGACGACCUCGACAGCGACCUCGGCAUCGGCGGCGACAUGUCGCCCGACCGCGAGGAGCAGCAGCAGCAGUACGCGAGCUACCACGUGCACAUCCCGGCGACGCCCGACAACCAGCCCAUGGACCCGGCCAUCUCGGCGCGCGUGGAGGAGCAGUACGUCUCCAACUCGCUCUUCACGGGCGGCUUCAACAGCGUCACGCGCGCGCACCUCAUGGACAAGGUCAUCGACUCGGAGGCCUCCCACCCGCAGAUGGCGGGAGCCAAGGGAUCCUCCUGCGCCGUCAACGGAUGCGACGCCAAGGUCAUGAGCGACGAGCGCGGCGACGACAUACUCCCCUGCGAGUGCGACUUCAAGAUCUGCGCCGAGUGCUUCGCGGACGCCGUCAAGAACGCUGGCGCCGUCUGCCCGGGAUGCAAGGAGCCCUACAAGAACACGGAGCUCGAGGACGUCGUCGGUGCCGCCGAUGCUAACGCCGGGGCAGGUAGGCCCACGCUGAUGGAGAGGCGGCUAUCCAUUAUGCGCUCCCAGAAGGCCAUGACCAGGAGCCAGACCGGAGACUGGGACCACAACCGCUGGCUCUUUGAGACCAAGGGGACGUAUGGCUAUGGCAAUGCCAUCUGGCCCAAGGAGAAUGAGGUGGACGCCGGAGGCGUUGGCGGAGGCGGCCUCGGUGGAGGAGGAGCUGAUGGCCAGCCGGCCGAGUUCACCACCAAGCCAUGGAGACCGCUCACUCGGAAGCUUCCCAUCCCUGCUGCCAUACUCAGCCCAUACAGGCUUCUCAUUCUUAUCCGGAUGGCCGUCCUUGCUCUGUUCCUUAUGUGGAGAAUUAAGCACAAGAAUGAGGAUGCAAUUUGGCUCUGGGGCAUGUCUGUUGUCUGUGAACUCUGGUUUGGCUUUUCAUGGCUACUUGACCAGCUGCCAAAGCUGUGCCCUGUGAACCGAGCAACCGACCUUGCUGUCCUCAAAGACAAGUUUGAGACCCCAACGCCGUCGAACCCUACUGGACGAUCAGAUUUACCAGGGCUUGAUAUAUUUGUGUCCACUGCUGAUCCAGAGAAAGAACCUCCACUGGUCACAGCAAAUACCAUCCUGUCCAUCCUUGCUGCUGACUACCCUGUGGAGAAGCUUUCUUGCUAUGUUUCUGAUGAUGGAGGGGCUCUCCUGACUUUUGAAGCCAUGGCUGAAGCUGCUAGCUUUGCUAAUAUGUGGGUUCCUUUCUGUCGCAAGCACAACAUUGAGCCUCGCAAUCCUGAAAGCUACUUCAAUCUUAAGAAGGACCCAUACAAGAACAAGGUUCGCCAGGAUUUUGUCAAGGACAGGAGGAGGGUUAAGAGGGAGUAUGAUGAGUUCAAGGUCAGGAUCAAUGCACUGCCUGACUCGAUACGCCGACGCUCUGAUGCGUACCAUGCCAGGGAGGAAAUCAAGGCUAUGAAGAGGCAGCGAGAGACUGCCCUUGAUGAUGCAGUGGAGCCUGUUAAGAUCCCUAAAGCCACCUGGAUGGCUGAUGGCACUCACUGGCCUGGUACCUGGAUUCAACCUUCUGCUGAGCAUACCCGUGGUGAUCAUGCUGGAAUAAUUCAGGUGAUGCUGAAACCUCCCAGUGAUGAUCCCUUGUAUGGCAGCACUGGUGAUGAAGGCAGACCUCUUGAUUUCACUGAGGUCGACAUCCGUUUGCCAAUGUUGGUCUAUGUGUCCCGAGAGAAGCGCCCUGGUUAUGACCACAACAAGAAGGCUGGUGCGAUGAAUGCCCUAGUCCGUUCAUCUGCUGUCAUGUCAAAUGGCCCCUUCAUCCUCAACCUUGACUGUGAUCACUAUGUCUACAACUCGCAAGCUUUCCGUGAAGGCAUGUGCUUCAUGAUGGACCGUGGUGGCGACCGUAUUGGUUAUGUUCAGUUCCCGCAGCGGUUUGAGGGCAUUGAUCCAUCAGAUCGCUAUGCUAACCACAACACUGUCUUCUUUGAUGUCAACAUGCGCGCACUGGAUGGUAUCAUGGGACCAGUCUAUGUCGGCACUGGCUGUCUUUUCCGCCGUGUUGCCCUAUAUGGAUUUGACCCUCCGCGCUCCAAGGAACAUGGUGGCUGCUGCAGCUGUUGCUUCCCCCAGAGACGCAAGAUCAAAGCUUCAGCUGCCGCACCGGAGGAGACCCGGGCUCUAAGAAUGGCAGACUUUGAUGAGGAUGAAAUGAACAUGUCAUCAUUCCCCAAGAAGUUUGGUAACUCGAACUUCCUCAUCAAUUCCAUUCCAAUUGCUGAAUUCCAAGGACGCCCGCUAGCUGAUCACCCUGGUGUCAAGAAUGGCCGUCCUCCGGGUGCUCUCACUGUUCCCCGUGACCUUCUGGAUGCAUCCACAGUUGCUGAGGCCAUCAGUGUCAUCUCAUGCUGGUACGAAGACAAGACUGAGUGGGGCCACCGUGUUGGUUGGAUCUACGGCUCAGUCACAGAGGAUGUGGUCACUGGGUACCGGAUGCACAACCGUGGUUGGAAGUCGGUGUACUGUGUCACCAAGCGUGACGCCUUCCGCGGCACCGCACCCAUCAAUCUGACUGACCGUCUCCACCAGGUGCUCCGGUGGGCUACUGGUUCGGUGGAAAUCUUCUUCUCCCGCAACAAUGCUCUGCUCGCAAGCCGCAGGAUGAAGUUCCUCCAGAGGAUCGCCUACCUGAACGUCGGCAUCUACCCAUUCACGUCCAUCUUCCUGAUCGUCUACUGCUUCCUGCCGGCGCUGUCCCUGUUCUCGGGGCAGUUCAUCGUGAAGACUCUCAACGUGGCAUUCCUGACGUACCUGCUGGGGAUCACGCUGAUGCUGUGCCUGCUGGCAGUGCUGGAGAUCAAGUGGUCGGGGAUCAGCCUGGAGGAGUGGUGGCGGAACGAGCAGUUCUGGCUGAUUGGCGGCACGAGUGCGCACCUCGCGGCUGUGCUGCAGGGCCUCCUGAAGGUGGUGGCAGGCAUCGAGAUCUCCUUCACCCUGACAUCCAAGUCCGGAGGCGACGACGUGGACGACGAGUUCGCGGACCUGUACAUCGUCAAGUGGACGUCGCUGAUGAUCCCGCCCAUCGUGAUCAUGAUGGUGAACCUGAUCGCCAUCGCGGUGGGCUUCAGCCGCACCAUCUACAGCGAGAUCCCGCAGUGGAGCAAGCUGCUGGGCGGCGUCUUCUUCAGCUUCUGGGUGCUGGCGCACCUGUACCCGUUCGCCAAGGGCCUGAUGGGGCGCAGGGGCCGCACGCCGACCAUCGUCUUCGUCUGGGCAGGACUCCUCUCCAUCACCAUCUCGCUGCUGUGGGUCGCCAUCAACCCGCCGUCGUCGAACCAGCAGAUUGGUGGAUCGUUCACCUUCCCAUGA